AUGAUGCCUAAAAUUGAGUACAAAGAAAGCAAAAGCAUAUGUCGUUUGCGCUGGCCUAGAAGGAAGAGCGUUUACUGGUUUCUUUACGAGUCACUGAAACUUCACAAGGCACCUGUAAUAGACAGCUUGUGUGUCAAACUCGGUCCACUUUGUCCUGCUACUGAUGUUGAUGUCGAAAAGUUGGUUGCAAAGGUUUUUGAUCGUGUCGUGCGUGAGCUAGAAUUCAAGCUCCUCUGGUCUGGAAAUCUUAUUAGCUUGCCUAAUAGUCUUUAUACCUGCGACACGCUUAUAAGCUUGAAACUUUGCCACAAAAUUUUCAUAGAUUUUCCUUCUCUCGGUUGCCUCCCAUCCCUCAAAACGCUAUGUUUAAGUUCUGUGGUUUAUAAAGACGAGGUUUCUCUCGUUAGGUGUUUGGUUAUAGAUACCCCGGCAUUAAAGCACCUUAGCAUCUCUUAUUUGUCGGUAGACCAUUGCUCCAUCGAGAAUAUGCCUUGUCUUGAUAGUGCAGCUAUCAGUUUUAGUAUUAAUUGCUAUGACCAUGACAAGUUUCUAAGAUGUCUUUCCUCGGUCUUGACUCUCGAGUUGUGUUUUGAUGAUAUAACGCUUCAAUGUUGUAGCACUAUCAACUUCUCUCGACUUGUGAAGUUACAUAUAUGUCCAGAUGAAUCAGACUGGUUGGAACCACUCAUACUUUUACUUGGAAAUUCUCCAAACCUAAAAUAUCUUUUGGUUGAUUAUGUAUAUAUCGAUCAACCCAAAGAUCUCUCACUUUCAUGGAACCAACCGACUUCAGUUCCCGGUUGUUUGUCUUGCCAUCUCAAGAUCUUUGAGUGGAUGGAAGGAUAUGAAGGAAGAGUAGAAGAAAAAGAAUUUGUGACAUACAUCCUAGCGAACUCUAAGUGUUUAGAGAGAGCGAAAAUCACCCUUAGAUACAAUCUUGAAGAUAAACAGAACAUUAUGGAGGAACUGAAAUCUAUUCCUAGAGUUUCGAAAGCAUCUCAGCUUCUUUUCAAAUGA